AUGGCGGUGGUGGCGCCGCUGCUGGCGCUGCUGUACUCGGUGCCGGGGCUGUGCCGCUGGCUGGCGCGGCCGUACUACCCGCUCUCCGCCCUGCUCGCCACCGCCUUCCUGCUCGUCCGCAAGGUCCCGCCGCUCUGCCAAGGGCUGCCCUCCCAGCGGGAGGACGGCAACCCCUGCGACUUCGACUGGCGGGAGGUGGAGAUCCUCAUGUUCCUCAGCGCCAUCGUGAUGAUGAAGAACCGACGCUCCAUCACCGUGGAGCAGCACAUCGGGAACAUCUUCAUGUUCAGCAAAGUGGCGAACGCCAUCCUCUUCUUCCGCCUCGACAUCCGCAUGGGCCUGCUCUACCUCACGCUCUGCAUAGUGUUCCUGAUGACCUGCAAGCCCCCCCUCUACAUGGGCCCCGAGUACAUCAAGUAUUUCAGCGACAAGACCAUAGAUGAGGAGCUGGACCGGGACAAGCGGGUGACCUGGAUCGUCGAGUUCUUCGCCAACUGGUCCAGCGAGUGCCAGUCCUUCGCCCCCAUCUUCGCCGACCUCUCUCUCAAGUACAACUGCUCGGGGCUGCACUUCGGGAAGGUGGACGUCGGCCGGUACACGGACGUCAGCACCAGGUCUGGGGGGAGACGGUACAAGGUCAGCACCUCGCCCCUCACCAAGCAGCUGCCCACCCUCAUCCUCUUCCAGGGCGGGACAGAGACCAUGCGCCGGCCGCAGAUCGACAAGAAGGGCCGGGCCGUGUCCUGGACCUUCUCCGAGGAGAACGUGAUCCGGGAGUUCAACCUCAACGAGCUCUACCAGAAGGCCAAGAAGCAGUCGAGGCUGCGGGAGGAGGGGCCCGAGGAGCCCCCCAGCGCGCAGGCAGCCGCCGGGCACCCUGACGGGGAGACCAAGAAGGACAAGUAGAAGCUGCCCUGUGCCGUCACCCAUCACCACGUCACCGUCACCCCGGUGGCACCGGCCCCGCGGGGCCUGCCCGCCUGCCCGGCCCUGCCUGCGGCCCGCUCUCAGUGGGGGGGGGUCCCGGCCGAGCCUUGGCGAGCAGGGGAGCCCCGGCAGCCCCCGUGUGGGCGGGGCCCUGCUGUGGGCAGGGCAGUAGGACAGACCCCGCCCUCGGUUAACGCUCAUCCUCAUCGCUGACAAUAAACGGUCCGUGUCCGUG